AUGAGAAAUGUGAAAGAACCAAGAAGUGAUGUUAAGACACAAAGAGAAAGAUGUAUCUGGUGUUUGGGACUCCACCUACUGAAAUUCCCAUCCUUGCAAACUUCAUCGGCCUCCCCAGGACGGCACCUGAGCAGGCUGGGCUGGCCACAGGUGAAGCGGCUGGAUGCACUCCUGAGCGAGCCGAUUCCCAUUCACGGGCGCGGUAACUUCCCCACGCUGAGCGUGCAGCCCCGGCAGAUUGUGCAGGUGGUCCGAAGCAGCUUGGAGGAUCAGGGACUACGAGUGCACAGUGUGCGACUGCACGGCUCUGCUGCCAGCCAUGUGCUGCAUCCUGAAAGUGGCCUUGGCUACAAGGACUUGGACCUGGUGUUCCAGGUGGACCUGCACAGCGAGGCAUCCUUCCAGCUGACCAAGGCAGUGGUGCUGGCCUGCCUGCUGGAUUUCCUGCCGGCCGGGGUGAGCCGGGCCAAGAUCACACCACUGACACUCAAGGAGGCGUAUGUGCAGAAGCUGGUGAAAGUGUGCACGGACACGGACCGCUGGAGCCUCAUCUCGCUGUCCAACAAGAGUGGCAAGAACGUGGAGCUCAAGUUUGUGGACUCGGUGAGGCGCCAGUUCGAGUUCAGCGUCGACUCCUUCCAGAUCAUCCUCGACUCCCUGCUUCUCUUUGGCCAGUGCUCAUCCACACCCAUGUCUGAGGCCUUCCACCCCACUGUGACAGGGGAGAGCCUAUACGGGGACUUCGCUGACGCCCUGGAACACCUGAGGCACCGGGUCAUCGCCACACGCAGUGAUCAUCAUUGCUCUUCCUCACCCUUUCUUAUGUCAAGACACUAA